CCAUCACUCACAUUCAAACCAAACAUUUAAUAUAAGCCUCUUUCCAUUUUUGAACGGUCAUUCAUCAAAUCCACGAGAACUCUGCUUCAAAUUACGCUUCUGCGUCAGAUCCGAUUCGCAGGUGGUUGUGUACUAUAAGAAGCUAAGAACUGAAUUGAAGCAUUGCAUUUCUCUGAUUAUUGCUCUUGCAGAGAAAGAUGCCACAGGAGAGUUUAUCAAACUCGUUUUUUGUAUCUCCUCACAAGAGAGGGUUGAGUUUGAAAGGUUCGGUUUGUAACAACAAUGAGGCUUCCUUCACUGUGACUGAGGAUAGCAUCAACGAUCAUGAAUUGGCUCAGAGGAAAGCAGAGGAAGCAGCUUCAAGGAGAUACGAAGCAGCAGAAUGGCUUCGGCAAAUGGACAAUGGCGCGUCUUCAUCGCUCGCGAAAGAACCCUCCGAGGAGGAAUUCUGUCUCGCACUUCGCAACGGUCUCAUUCUCUGCAACGUCCUCAACAGAGUCAACCCCGGCGCUGUCGUCAAGGUUGUCGACAACGACAACCUCGCCGUUCAGUCUGCAGAGGGACCCGCUCAGUCCGCAAUUCAGUACUUUGAGAACAUGCGGAACUUUCUUGAGGCCGUCAAAGACAUGAAGCUUUUGACCUUCGAAGCUUCCGAUUUGGAAAAGGGGGGUUCGUCGAGCAAAGUUGUGGACUGCAUUCUCUGUUUGAAAGGGUAUUAUGAAUGGAAGCUGUCAGGUGGAGUUGGGGUGUGGAGGUAUGGUGGAACUGUCAGGAUUACUUCCUUCCCCAAAUGGUCUCCUUCCUCCAUAAUGGGUAAUGAGAAUGCUGAUGAGUAUGAGUCAUCACAGUAUGAACAACUGCUUCAGCUUCUUCGUGCAUCUGGCGAGGUUUCAACUGAGGAAACCACAACUGCUAAUGCUUUGACUUCGCUUUUUGAUCACUUUGGACUCAAACUUCUCCUGGCUUACCUCAGAGAGGCUGAUGGGGUUGAAGAUCUGCCGCUGAAUUCAAUGGUAAUUGAUACUUUUCUCAGGAAGGUUGUCAAGGAUUUUUCUGCAUUGCUUGAUUCUCAAGGCACUCAGCUUGGACUUUUCCUCAAGAAAAUAUUGAAAGGCGAUACUGGUUGCCUCUCUAAGAGAGAAUUCAUAAAAGCUAUCACAUCAUAUCUUAAUCAAAGACGUAGUUUGGCAUCAAACGAAUCCUCUAAACUAUGCACUUGUGGUGGAAAACGUGAUAGUAAUCAGCAAAAUGUCAAUUAUUCUGCCAGGCAUGCUGAGAUAAUUGAUGGCCUGCAAAAACAACUUGAGCGAUUGAAGUAUUUCUAUGAAGAGAUAAAAUUGGAGGUCAAACAAAUUCAAUCUAAGUGGGACCAAGAAUUGAGCAGGCUGGAGAAUCAUAUAAAGAGCCUUGAAGAUGCCUCCUCUUCCUACCACAAAGUCCUGGAAGAGAAUCGCUUUCUUUACAAUCAAGUCCAAGACCUCAAAGGAGCCAUUAGGGUCUACUGUAGAGUGAGGGCCUUCCUAUCAGGACAAUCAAAUGAACAAUCUACAGUAGAUUAUAUUGGAGAAAAUGGAAACAUAAUGAUUAUGAAUCCCCUUAAGCAAGGAAAAGAUGCUAGAAGGGUGUUUUCAUUCAAUAAAGUGUUUGGAACAAGUGCCACCCAAGAACAAAUAUAUGCCGACACUCAACCAAUGGUUAGGUCUGUCUUAGAUGGCUAUAAUGUAUGCAUCUUUGCAUAUGGGCAGACUGGGUCAGGAAAAACGUACACAAUGAGUGGCCCUGAUCUGAUGACUGAAGAGACGUGGGGUGUAAACUAUAGGGCUUUGCGCGACUUAUUUCAUAUUUCAAAGGAAAGAGCAGAUGCCAUAAAAUAUGAAGUUGGCGUCCAGAUGAUUGAAAUAUAUAAUGAACAAGUGAGAGAUUUAUUAGUCAGCGAUGGCUCUAACAGAAGAUUAGAUAUACGAAACAAUUCUCAAUUGAAUGGUCUUAACGUGCCUGAUGCAUCUUUAGUUCCGGUUAAUUGCACUCAAGAUGUUCUUGAUUUAAUGAGAAUUGGUCAGAAGAAUCGUGCUGUUGGUGCUACAGCUCUUAAUGAGCGAAGCAGCCGUUCUCAUAGUGUGUUGACAGUUCAUGUUAGAGGGAGGGACUUAGAGUCUAACUCCAUUCUUAAAGGCUGUCUCCAUCUUGUGGAUUUGGCUGGAAGUGAGAGAGUGGACAAAUCUGAGGCGGUUGGUGAGAGACUAAAGGAGGCCCAGCAUAUAAAUAAAUCUCUUUCUGCACUUGGGGAUGUUAUCUCUGCUUUGGCACAGAAGAGUCCACAUAUUCCUUAUAGAAAUAGCAAGCUCACACAAGUUCUACAAGAUUCAUUAGGUGGCCAUGCAAAAACCUUGAUGUUUGUUCAUAUAAAUCCUGAACUCAAUGCUCUUGGAGAGACAAUUAGCACACUUAAGUUUGCGGAGAGGGUUGCAACCAUUGAACUUGGGGCUGCCCAAACCAAUAAAGAAACUGGUGAAAUCCGGGACCUAAAGGAAGAGAUAUCAAAUAUCAAAUUGGCAUUAGAGAGGAAGGAAACUGAACUACAACAAUGGAAAGCUGGGAAUGCACGAAAUGCCAUAGAAUCUCAGAAAGCACCAAGAGCUGUUUCACCUUUUCGUUUGCCCAAAAAUGUUACCAGUGACAGCAUGAAGCCUGAAAAUUGUCAAAGACCCAUGGAUGACAGAAGCUCUGAGGCUAAAACUUGUUCUUCGGGUAAGCAAAGAAGGUCAAGAUUUCCCUCAACAUUUAUAGAGAAGGACUCCAUGCCAAAAAUGUCUCUUGUAGCUGAAGAAAAAAUAGUGAGCUCAGGGAAAGGUAGAUCACCAUCACCUCCAGUCAAGAGGAGAUCAAUAUCCACUGAUAGAGGGUCUGUCAUUAAAAGCAAGGUCAAAAGCGACACAACAGACAGCCAACCAAUAUUAAAGCAUCUAUUUCCAACUAGAGUACUAGUAAAUAAAUCUCUAGUCACAAUGCCAAUGGUCUCAUCCACAGACAAUAACUCAAGGGUGAAUCUGCAUUCACAUGAGCAAGUGAAACAGAACACUUCUGAAACUCUCUGCAACCUCCAGAAGGUAAACUCCAGGAAAGCCCAUCAAGAACAUGAAGAGGAACAAUUCAAACAAGUUGCAGUAAGACAAGGUGGUACUAGGAAAAACAAGGCUGACAGUAAGGCCAAGGUUAAGCAUCAUCAACAAUUGCCCUUCAGGAUUCAAAAGCCUGAUAUGAUACCUAUUUGUGACAUGGAUAUUGGCCGUGAAAUGACCAUGGAGGCACCUCGAAAGAACGAUUUCUUUGAGCCAGAAAAUGAUGUAAGCUUCAUGGAGUCUGCAGUCAAUGGUGUUGUAAAUGUUAAAAAGAUACAUCAGAACAUAUCUAGGAAUUCUCAGAACAUUGGAUCAAGAGGAAUAGUGCAAGCAGCUGAGCCUUUAUUGUCCAGCAAAGUUGAAAACAGAAUUUUACAUGGUUCAGGUCGCAAUCUUAAGGAAGGCAUCAAUACUACUUUGCCUGAAUCUAGAAGGAGCCGAUCUACGCCACGUGGAAAGUUUUUUGUUUUAUCUUGAGGAUUCCAGGUUAAAAUUUGUUAAUUUUUUUAUAUUAUUUAUUUUUGUACAGUGACAACUGUUGAUGUGCAUGUUGGAGUACCGACUCACAUAAUUUUAUUGACUAAGAGGUCUUGAGGUCAGUUUGUGCGACCUUUCCUCUGUUUUCGUGUUCUGAUUAUGCAGAUCCUUUGUAAUUUAAAUUUUCGGAUGUUAAUAAUUUUCUUGAAGCUUUGGUUUUUAA